AUGUCGUCGUUUUUCACCUUGCCGGCUUCUCAGAGGAAGCGCAAGAGGGAGGACCGCGCUGGAGCCCCCGCCUCAAAGAAACGGGGCGUCGAUGCGGAUGGAGUUGCGCGCAACAACAGUGGGAAAAAAACGAGAGAACGGGACGAAUCAAUCUCCGGAAGCGACUUAGAUGAGGAUGCGGAGAGUGUGGCGUCAGUAGCUUCAGAAGAGGAAAGUGGUUCGGAGUCGGAUGAAGGGGAAACGGCGGCGGACCGAAGACUGAAAUUGGCGGAGCGAUAUUUGGACAAUGUUCGAGAUGAGGUGGACUAUUACGGUUUUGAUGCUGCAGAGAUUGACAGGGACUUGAUUGCAGAGCGACUAAAGGAGGAUGUGGACGAAUUCAAAGGGCGAGUAUAUCGUCAAAUUGCCUCCGACUUGGCUUUUCCGGCCGCUUCACAUGCAUUUUUCCGAGCAGAUACACAAACUACAACGUCAAUUGCCAUACACGCACCAUAUGUCUACACAGUUUCCAAGGACCGGACUUUGAUCAAGUGGGAACUUGCAACGCCCGGCGCGGCAGCCGCAACAUCUGAAGCAAAGGGAACAUCAAAACGACCUCCCAGGCCACAGCGGAAGAAGCCGAAACAAGUGCGGUUUACACGGGGCCUACAGAAGGUUGCCGAGAGCGCAGAGGAGCAAGGCCACACCAAAAAUAUUUUGUCAGUGGCAGUAUCCCCAUCAGGGAAGUUUGUUGCUACCGGAGGAGAGGACAACAAGCUCAUCAUCUGGGAUGCCGCUACCCUGACGCCCGUACAAACAUUUUCCCAACAUCGCGACUCCGUCAGCGGGCUGGCUUUUGCUCGCCAUAUCUCCACAAUGAGCUCAGGCGAGCAACUGUUCUCCGGAUCCUUCGAUCGAACAAUCAAGACCUGGUCUAUCAGCACAGCUGGUCAUGCCUACGUUGAGACAUUGUUCGGUCAUCAAGAUAACGUCGCCUCAGUGGCCGCCAUGACGAUCGACCAGUGUAUCAGUGUCGGAGCCCGCGAUCGCACCGCCAGACUGUGGAAGGUAGUUGAAGAAUCCCAGCUGAUCUUCCGCGGCGGCUCGUCCAAAGACACUUACAAAGAGCAUAACAUCGACUGUAUUGCCCCCUUACCACCUACUCACUUUGUCACUGGCUCCGACAACGGCGCUAUCUCCUUAUGGUCCGUCCACAAAAAGAAACCCCUCUACACCAUACCCCACGCUCACGGCCUCGACCCGGUUCCCCCGGUAGAGGCAAUUUCUCCCGAAGUUGAUCGGGAAACCGCCGAAUCGAACGCACGCUUCCUGAAGCCCACGCCUCGCUGGAUCACAGCUCUAACCACCGUCCCGGGCACAGACAUCGUCCUAAGCGGUAGCUGGGACGGCUGGAUCCGUGCAUGGAAGAUCUCAGACGACAAGAGGACGAUUCAACCUCUAGGCACUGUUGGCGGAGGCACCCUCUCCCCCGCGGACGCACCUGAUACCCCUUCCAAGCAACUAGAGCAGAGUCUUGCAUCUGCCAACCCAUCCCAUCGACAGAGCCUAAACACACUGCCCGAAUCCGAGACCGAGCCACUCGUAAAGGGCGUAGUCAACGGCAUCGCCGUCUUUGAGCGGCGCGCAGAAACCGCAAAGCCGGGGCAAAUCCCCUCCGAGUCUAAAUCAAAGUCAUCAAAAUCCGCCUCCGAAGCGCGCGGUCUUUGUAUCGCCGUUGCAAUUGGCAAAGAGCAUCGCCUCGGACGCUGGAAAUGUUACGGGAAUAGCUACCACAAGGGGUCUACACCGGAAGGCCGAAAUGGUGCUAUGCUUCUUGAGGUUCCAUUCUAUGCUGAUAGACUUGGUCAACAGGAGGAAUGA